AUGUCCCGCCAGGUUACUGCCGGACUGUACGACUGGGUUACGUUGGAUAUCCUUGAGUACAUGCAUGAGAACGAGCAUGUCCAUGCUGACAUCAAAGCUGCCAACCUACUGCUGGGUUGGAAAAAACCAAAAGAGGUUUACCUCGUGGACUAUGGCCUCGUCGUUCGAUACAGCCCCGACGGCAGACACAAGGGUUAUGCCGAGGAUCCACGCCGAGCCCACGACGGAACGGUGGAGUUUACCUGCAUCGACAUGCACAAGGGCGUUGUGCCUUCACGAAGAGCUGACAUUGAGAUUUUGGGGUACUGCUUGCUGCAGUGGUUGUGUGGAAAGCUGCCCUGGGAAGACAACUUGACCGACUGUGAUCACGUCAUGGAACAAAAAAUCGAGUUCAUGGGAAAUAUUCCUACCUACAUGAAGAAGCUAUUUGGAAAAGAAGUGCCAACUGAGAUACAGAAGUACCUGCAGUACACAAUCGAACUCGCCUACGGGGAGAAGCCAGAUUACAACUAUCUGCGGAAGUUACUUCGCGAAGGCAUGAAGAAGCGAGGUUUCGUCGACGAUGGCUACGUGGACAUGGAAGCUAAAGACGCAAAGGGAGGUGCCAGGGGUAAAGCAGGCCUUUCAAAGCUGCGACUCAAUGGUACUCUUGCCGCAACGCCGCAGGAGGUUGGAGAAAUGGUCAAGAACAAUAGCAAACUGAGCAAGGGAACACCUAGGAGGUCACCGCGAGGCACCACCGUAGAGUCACCAUUCGUAACGCCGCUGUCAGCCGUUCCCAAGCUAAAGAGGGAGAGCAGGAAGCGUGGCAGCGAAGAAAAGAGUGGCAGUCCUGCGAAACGCUCGAGGAAGCUGGCGAGCAGAUCUCCCGUGAUCGCUCCGCUAGACAUGACGGAGAGCGACGAGGAAACCUACUCCACUCCGCCGCAGAGCCGAGCGCAGCUGAUGCGGCUGCAGCACACAGACCUACCCCCCAAGAGCGAUGUGCCACGCAAGCAUGUCAAGCGUAUGUCACUCGCCAACCGACGCUCCUCUGUCAUGGUCACCCCAGCGCAGCUACAAGCACAAAAGCUGAAGACCAAGGCCAGGAAGCAAAUCGGAAAGGGGACAAAUAAAGUGAUUAAGCCUGGAGGAUCGCCAAAGCAUGGACACAUCCAACUUAAAUAUGCGUGGGGACCACCGCUUCCCAAUGCUACACCCGCUUUGUCAAGUGCAACGCGCAACUCGGUAGCUAAACCUGCGCCGAAGCGUAAAGGUGGUAAGAUAAAAAUUAACCAGUGCAGUCCUGAGCUGUUUUGAACGGAAUAGUUGAAUAGGAGAAAGUGUAGAAAACAACUUGGUUAAAGAACUAGCAAGAAGUGGUAUAUCCAUAUGGAAUCUAAUUAUGAGAUAUUAUUCAUUUAGUGUAGGUGUUUAGAUCUAACACCAAGUGAGACAGGACAGUGCGGUGGAUGGGUAAAGGUGUUUAGUUGGUGUAGGGACACCAGUUCCACGUGUCAGAUAGUUACCACCUGAUACUUAUUUUAAUUCAUGUAUUUAGACGCUGAAGCCUGCGUGGCUAGAUAACAGUCUAUGCUGCAAGUAAAAAUGAUAAUUAAAAAAUCCUUAUUCUUCUUCUAGCCAUUUCAUUCACAUUUUCAUGUUAUUAGCUAUCGUAAUUAUAACGAGUUUAUCAUUUGCUCCAUAACGAUGUAGCAAACACUCACUCUACUGUGUAGCAAACCUACCGUUUUCAUAGACGACUUGUAAGGAAAGGUCAUAUUUGAAGAAUUGAUGUUACCAAGUGAUAAUAUUCUACGAAUGGAUAAUAGGAAAUGAUAUUCUAAUAUUCUACGACGUAUAUCAUUGAUGGUCCGGUGUUGUGUGUGACGGUGGCUGGUUCUGUCAGUAAAUAGUGCUGGCGAUUCUUGCUUUCAGGAUCUCGCUUAUUGUUGUCGUAAAAUAAUAUUUCUUCAUUGCACAUGUAAAUACUUGUUGUGAAUUGUCUAGUUACACGUAAUACAGUAAUAAGGUAUAAUGAUCGCAAAUGGAAUAGUAAUUGGUGGCAAUUACUGAAAUUUUGCUUUUCUUAUUGCACAUCUUUGCUCCACUAUGCUGUGUUUUCUUUAUUGUUAAUACUAUUAUAUUGUAUAUUUAGAUGUUAUUAUUGCAGGCAUCUAUAUUUAGUAAAUAACAAUUAUAUUUAAAACAAAA